AUGGGGUUAAGAGGUUGCAAUUCUGACAAAAGGGGUGCAAAGCUUGAAACUGAGACCAACAGAAACUUCACCAUUUCAGAUUCUGCGAAAGGAGCCUGUGGAUCCUCACCAUCUCCUGAGGAGGGCCUCAGAAGUCCCCCACCUCCCCAAGGCAUUCACAGACAGUCCAAGUCUACUAAAACCACAUCAAAAGAGGCCCCUUCUGACCAAAGGGACACUCAAGCUUCCAAUUCUGAACAUGAGAGUUGCAAACCAUCUUCUUUCAUCCUCAUCUCUACUGAAGAGUGCACACAAACCACUAACUCUCAUGAAGAGAGCCUCAGGCAUUCCACCCUCCUCAUGAGAUUCCCAGACACACUACUUUUACCAGGAGAAGAGAGAGGAAUGCCUCUGAAACCCAUGGAGCCCUGGAAAGGUCUGCUGCAGACCAAGAAGGCAUUGAGUCAUCUCAAGAUGAAGACAGUCCCCAUGGGGGUGUCAAACAUUCAUCAUCACCCCAAGAGGAUACCAGCCACCCUGUUUCUACUAAGGAGAGCUCAAAACAUGCUCCUAUUGUCCAAGAAGGAGAGAAACCUUCCAUUAGUUCCAAACGGGAGCACACAGCUUUGGUUCCUAUCUUAUGAGGAUUCAUCCCUCCACCAGUUCCAAAAGGGAGUACAACAUCACUCCCUGUUAGACAAAGAAAUUACAGUCAUAUCAUAUGUCAACCAGAGGACAUGGUCCAUCUUUGCUGCCCCUGCCUGUGCUGCUGUUGAACACCUUGUGGAGAACUUGGAGCCAGAGAUUACCAACCAAUUUAUCUGGUGCCGAAAAUCCCGGGAUAAGUUCCAGGCGCGAGAAUCCAAGCGCGCGCAGAUUCUCCACGCGAGCGAAACCCACGCGCGGUUUUCCCCGGCGGCAGAUCCCUACGCAUUAGCCGAAGGAACCCUGAGCUUCGAGAAUGGCGAAAACAAUCUAAUUCGGCCCGUGGCACAAGGCAGUGCGGGCGCGUUCGCGAUGGCGGACCGCGGCCUGGAGCCGCUGGCCCCCCGUGGUGCAGACGCAGCUGCAGAAGCGGGAAUCUUCGGAAGACCACAAAGAAGGAAGCUGGAUUAG